AUUAUAGUUUCUGAUUUUUUUUUGUCUUUAUAUAUGCAUCAUUUCUGGUAUGUUCUUGGUUUCUGAUGUGAUAAAGUCCUAUAUUAUUUUACUUAAAAAAAAAGAAAAAAAAGAUAAAGUCCGAUAUUAUUUCAACAUAAUUCUUUCAUCACCUGUUUCUGGAUUGCUCCAUUGCAUAAUCUCAUUUUUCCUUCCCUUUUCUCUCACUUUUAGAGGGACUGAAAUCUCAGAUGACAACCAUGCCUGCAGUUGGGCAACUUCUAAUCUUGAAGUUUAGUAAGAAAAAGAAAUUUUCAUCUAAUGUGAUGGUCAUAGUUUGCUGAAACCUCAAAAUUGAUCAGAGCACAGUCAAAGAGGGAAAAUUAAUGAUAGUUGAAUUUGAAUUAGCGCGGAAUAUUGCAUUGAUAGUAUAUGAGUUGAUGGUGAGGCCUUAGAACUUGUUCUUGACAUUAGUGUUGUGAGGGACCCAAUAUCUGGUCUCUUAGUAGUUUUUUUUACUUUCCCUUUCUCCUUGUUGUUUUGGGUUCAUCUUGAAAGGUCUGUCAUGCUUUGCUUUGGUGCUUUUCCUCUUCUGUGGGAAGCACAUGGGCUCAAGUCCUUUCCAACAUUUGGGACCGGUGGAUCAUAUUUUGGGUUUGUUCAGCUUAACUUUAACGGCCACCUCACACUUGGCUUGAGUUCCGUAUAUCUUUACUUGUUAAAGUAACCAAAAUAUUUGAAUUCCAAACUCGUUGAUUCUACGAUCAUGUGUCCACUUUAGUGGAAAGAAUUUUUUUUCCACAAUUUACACACCAUUAUAUGAUUUUGUAGGCUGAUUUAUUCUUCUCCAGAGCUAUUCACCAGCUAUUCACCAAGCAUGUGAAUGUUCCUUUCUGAUAGAAUUUGUUCCAAUACUGUCUGAAAAAAACACCUGAUUAUCAUGCAACAUAUACUGAAGACUUUAGAUGGAAAUAGGAAAGAACAAUAUUUCCAUGUCAUAGAGGAGUUAAAUUGCAUAUUUAUCUACCCUGUCCUGAGGGGUAUUGAAUUGAUCGGGUUUAUCACAAAUGAUUCCAUCCAAAGUGGCACACUGUUUCUCUAUUGCACUCAACUGUUUGUGGUUAUUACUUGACUUGGUAGCAAAUUUUGAAGAUCGAUAAAUUGAUGCGAUCAAUUUUCUGUUUGAUUCCUUCAACGCAACAGUUGCCUUAUUAUGGAACACAAUGAAAUUCUUAGUUCGACAAAACAGGAUUCUCCUGAAGUUAUUCCAUCACUCAUCAAAUUUAUAGCAUCAAAUGAAGUGGCCGGCUUUGAUAGUAUGGAAGACAUUUGUAGCUUGAAUAACCAGUGCCAAAUGAAUGGCUUUCAGCCUGUCAGUUUGUCAUCUGAAGAAGCAGCUGCCAUCCUAAGCCAAAAUGAUGUGUCUCGACCAAUCAAAUCCCACCUUGCGAGUGCUAUUUCUAUUAGCAUGCCAUCUUCUCCCUUGGAAGUCCACUUGCAGAACACUAAAAGAGUUCUGUUCAGUGAUCAUGGUGAAACAAUGUUCAGCAAUGGGAUUCUGGAUUCAUCAGCUGCAUGUAAAACAGCCAGCACCGAACUUCCAAGACAGGCAAAAUUUCAUUCUCAGCCAAUGCCGACUGGUUCUACAUAUCCUGAGGCAAUUGUGGGUGAUAAAUUUCCUAACCAGUCAGAGUCACAGGCUAGAAAUCCAAGGAUUGAGAGGUUGAAAGAUAAACGAUUUGAUUCUUUUAAAACAUGGUCUGGGAAACUUGAAAGGCAGUUAUCAAAUUUACGUGGAAAACCACGGGAAAGCGAACUAGAGAAUAACACCACACAGAAUUCAGAGAUGGAAAUUUUACCUGUGGAUCGUUACUUUGAUGCAUUAGAAGGACCGGAGUUGGAUACCCUGAAGGUCUCAGAAGAAUUGGUGCUUCCUGAAGACAAGAAGUGGCCAUUCCUUCUCCGAUAUCCUAUCUCAUCUUUUGGUAUCUGCCUUGGCAUGAGCAGCCAAGCCAUUAUGUGGAAAACUCUGGCAACCUCCCCCUCCAUGAAUUUCCUCCAUGUAAGCUCAAAUGUAAACUUCAGUCUCUGGUGCAUCUCUGCUGCUCUCAUUGCCAUUGUCUCUUUCAUCUACCUGCUGAAAGUAAUUUUCUACUUUGAAGCGGUUCGUCGUGAAUACUACCAUCCAAUUCGUGUCAACUUCUUCUUUGCCCCAUGGAUAGCUUUCCUGUUUUUAGCUCUUGGUGUUCCACCUUCAGUUGCUGAACACCUGCCUCCAGCUCUCUGGUACAUUCUCAUGACUCCAGUCUUCUGCUUUGAGCUUAAGAUCUAUGGACAAUGGAUGUCAGGAGGGCAACGGAGGCUUUCAAAGGUAGCUAAUCCUUCAAAUCAUCUCUCAAUCAUUGGGAAUUUUGUGGGAGCAUUACUGGGUGCAUCAAUGGGGCUAAAAGAAGGACCUAUAUUCUUCUUUGCUAUUGGGUUGGCUCACUACAUAGUCCUAUUUGUGACUCUCUAUCAGAGACUUCCAACCAAUGCAACACUCCCAAAAGAGCUCCAUCCGGUAUUCUUUCUGUUUGUUGCAGCACCCAGCGUGGCUUCUAUGGCAUGGGCAAAGAUUCAAGGUUCCUUCGACUAUGGGUCACGGAUUGCUUACUUCAUUGCAUUAUUCCUGUACUUUUCACUGGCAGUUCGAGUCAAUUUUUUCCGAGGGUUCAGGUUCUCAUUGGCAUGGUGGGCUUACACUUUCCCAAUGACUGGGGCUGCCAUUGCAACCAUCAGAUAUUCAAAUGAAGUCACAAACAUAGUGACCCGAUCUCUCUCAGUCACACUCUCUGCCAUUGCCAUUCUCACAGUAACAGCUUUGCUGAUAACAACUAUCCUUCAUGCAUUUGUGCUCCAAGACCUCUUCCCAAAUGACAUUGCUAUUGCGAUUAGUGAGAGAAGACGAAAAACAAGCAAGAAGUGGUAUCACUUGAGGACUGGAAGUUCAGAUACCAAAGAGAUUGAAAAUUUCCUAAAAUUUGGAAGCUCUGAUAACAAGGACAUUGAAGCUUCCCUGAAACCUCCAAGCUGCAAACCUGAGGAAGUUUGAGCUUCUAGCCUGACUAACAUCCAAAAUGGACAGGAUCAUCAUGUAUCAACACUCUAAAAUCCUUUUUGCCACUUCAUAAAUCUCCAUCACUCAGACAAGUGGGGACACGGGUUAGAAGUUUUUGCAGUUCAUGUGAACAUAUGUACAAAUAGAAAAUGCAGAUCCAUGCAGUAAGGGGAGAGCAAUGUACCAACACUUGCUGAGUUGUUGAUGUAACAUAAAGGUGUUGGCAUCAUUUCUACUUUUGUGAAUAAAAUUCCCAUUUCUUCAUGAGAAA